AUGGCUGAAGAGAACACGAGUACUUUCAACUCGGAACUUGCUAGCACUAGCUUUGAUGAGGUUGAUGAAGACGAUGCCUUCGAAGCUGACCUUCUAGAGAAGUUGGACUCCAGCGGCAUGUGCAAGCUGCGGGAACAUUUCUUCUGCAAGGAAGGCCAAAAAUACGACCAACAGAGGAAGCUGUCGGGCAGCAUUCCUGGUUACAAAUACUCUGGGUUGUCACUCAACAGAGACGAGUUCAUCGAGGCGAUGGAAAGCGCUAUGGGUGCGCCUGUGGAAGCGGCGGUUGGCGCCCGGCUGUUUAGCGCGCUGGACGCCCACAACCGCGGCCUGGUGUGGUGGGAGGAGGUCCUCGACUACCUGAUCGACAAGGCGGGCCGCCGCGACCGCGACAGACUCUCCUGGCAGCCGCUGGAGGCUCGACACACCGUGCACCACCUGCCGCACUGCAAGCGCGAGCCGGUGCUGCGGGUGCUGGGGCUGCGGACGGCGAGCUCGUUCUGCUACCUGGCGGCGUGCCGGCUGGGCCGCGUGGGGCUGUACGGCGGCCGGCUGGAGCCGCUGGAGGAGUACGUGCUGCCGCUGGGGGCGACGCGCCGCCGCCGCCUCGCGCACACCUGGCUCACGGACGCACUGCACCUGCCCGACGCCGCCGCCGUGCUCUACCUCGCCUCCGACCGCAGCCUGCUCCUCUACGACGCCUCCUGCUUGGUGCAGACGCCAUUGUGCGUGGUGAGUGGGAUGCGGAACGUGGCCGAGUGUGCGUGCUACGCAGCCUCCGACGUGCACGCAUCGGGCCGGUCCACGCUCUACAUGGGAGACGACCACGGCAACGUCAUCACACUCGUCUUUCACCAGCCGCGGGUCUCGCUCUUCCGCAAGAAGCACCCUGACAAACUCGACAGAUACUACUGGGUGGAGCUGGAACAGCAGACGGAGUGGGUGUCGGUGCGGGUGGACGAGGGCGUGCACGCCGGCGCGGUGCGGCAGCUGGCCUACUGCCCGGACAACGACACCCUGGUCUCCUGCAGCCACGACCCCGCCGCCACCGUCGUCGUCAGGCACGCCCCCGCACGCCGCGCCCCCUACAUCUUCCGGCUCGCCAGGGGCGUGCGCUGCUUCCACAUGGAGCGCCGCCUAAAGCUUUUGGCCACGGGCAGCAGCGACUGCGUGGUGCGAUUGUGGAACCCCGUGGUCACCAACCAGCCCACCGCUUCGCUCUUCGGCCACGCGGCUGCCGUCGUCGAUGUCCUCGUCAUGCCAGACAUGGACGUCGUCUUCAGUUGUUCCACUGACGGGGUGGUGAAGGCGUGGGACGUGUGGGACCAGUGCUGCGUGCAGACAGUGAGUGUGCGCGGACCCCUGGAGCUGGGGCUGGAACACGCGCCGCCACUGCCGCCGCCCUCGCGAGAGCACCGACCGGCCGUCCCGUCACCCUGGCAGGCGGCAGAAGCGCGCGGCAUCAUUACCCCGGACUCGUCUGUCUACAGCCAGUCCAGUAUAUGUGGCGACAGCGAGAGCGGAUCUCCUUCACAGUCGCCGUCGCCACCACCACCUAGCAACCACGACAGACCGGAAACGCCAGAGGUUGCCACCACUUCCGGUCGCAUGCCCGAGCUGCCGCCGCCACCGGUGUUGCCUCAUUCUCCCGGGCCGCCGCACGAUCUGCAUUCGCGCCGCGCGCGCCACGAACGGCGGAUCCGCCAAUUGCGCCCGGUGGUGGGGCAGUGCGCACCGCAUCUGGCACUGGAGCUACACGAGCCAGUGGAACUGCGGCUGUCGCCAGCGCUGCCACCGCCGCCCGGACUGGCGGCGCGACACCCGGAGCGCACGGCGCGCCUGCUGCAGCAGCCGGAGCGGCUGGCGAGAGCACGACUGCUGUCGCCAAGCUCCGUGUCCGUGAUGAGCGCCCGUAGCGCCAGCAGCAGCGACACACGCAAGUAGUGUGCUCUCAGCACGUGAAAUACGCACACGCAGCGGCAAUGGUGCACUAAAUAUCGGUCCACAUGCUGCGUUUCAUUCUGCAGUCUGACAUUUAAAAACUGUUUUGUACUCUCACUUCAGUUACACUAUCAGAAGUGGAAAUUGCUACAUCAUUAAGCGCCGAUCCUAUAUUUACCAAACUAUUUGGAGAUGUUCACACAUAGCGGGUAUUAAAAUUUCAUUCCAUUCGGAACUGAUGUUCAUCGUGGACUUCCUUAUGAGAUGAGACCCUUACAGGCAUGAACAAACUCUUGUAUUCAGUUGGUAUAGAAGCAUGCAACAUCUGAGUGAUACAUUGAAGAUUUUCUAGCCAUGCCUAAAAUACAUGCUGUGUCAGUUCAUGAAGAUUGCUGGUUGAAGGCUAGUCUAGAAGUACAUGUCUUUCCAUCGCAUCCCAGACAUGCUCUGUGGGUGACACAUCAGAUAACAGGACUGCUAGUCAAGGAUCUAUAGUUUUAUCAAGGUGUUUGUGCUGUGAAAUGCAGUUUGGAGCGUGCAUUAUCUCAUUGGAAUAUCCCAUUUGGAGCCCUGAUCACGAAGGGUAUGACAACAGCGUUUACCAUUUUUUCUACCCACAGAUUAGCAUUCAGCUUCCCUUCAGUGAUUACCAAAUCUGCCCUGUUGCCCAUAUUCGGUAGCUAUCCACGCCACAAUUCCAAGAGCUGGAGAAUUAUAGUUUUUGAGAAUAGCUCCUGUCUGAGAGCUUUCACCAAGUCUUUUACAGACUCGUUGGUGUCAAUCAGACAAGUCUACAUUUUUUGUGGUAUGGUGUUAGCAGUAAACUACACAAGGCAACUUGAGACUUCAACCCAGUUUCCAGCAACUUUCUAGUGGCAGUUCAUGGUGAUACAUUCCUUGUAAUUUCUUCCGAGUUUCCAAAUGUUGUCAUUUAUUUUUCAAACCCAGUCAAGCAACCCUACAUUCUAGGGUCAAGCAAGCCUACAUUCUUCGCAUGGUGUAUUUCUCCUAUGAGGAACUGUACCUACACUUCUUAACAUACUAUUGUCCCAAGUUCAUCUCAUUUUCACGUAUUCUGCAGUCAUUGCGUUACUCCCAGCUAAGUGUGUGAUCUGUUGGUAUGAUGCCCGAUUGUCCUUUAUUCUGACAAAUCUAUCUUUUCUCAGUGUCCAAUACAUCAUGGUAAGCUGUGUGUGCCCAUCCUCUGCAUAUUCUGUGUUGCAAGCCCCACCUGAAAAAUUCCAGUAACGUUAAACACACUCAGUACCCAUCAUUACAUCCACUACUUCUUGCCUGUAGAAUACUUGCUUUAGAGCAUUGAGAAUAAUCUCACAUAAGGCUGAACUUUUAAUCAAUAUAUCCCAUGGGGUUGAAAUACCAGAGUAUCAGCUUAGUAGUGUUUACACACUCUGCACAUGUUGUAACACUUUCCAUUUCUGUCAGUGUAAUCCCUCAGGGAUGACAUGUUACUGUCUUGAUUUUUUGCCCUUUUCCUUGUUACUAAAACAAAUAAAAAUCCAGUCGGUGUGCGUCCGAGACAGAAACAGCAUUAAAUACUAUCGAUUUCGUGGUUACUAAAACGAUACAGUGCUCUUAUGUAAAACUACUUUGUGUCACACUGAACUUGGAGAUUAAUAAAAUUACCUACAAAUGGAGACUGAAGUUACAGCUCUGUCACUGUGCCAAUCAAUUUCUUUUUUUCUUUUUUUUUAUGUAGGUUCAUGUGGCUCAAACUUUU